UGAUCUGAGAUCCAACCAUGCCCAGAACCAUGAACAGCACCUUCAAAACGGGCACCCAGGAAAAUAAUCAGAAAUCUAACAUGCAUAAGUGCAAGGCUUUCAUGGCUAUUUCUAAGUACUUCUCUAAGAAGGAAUGGGCAAAGCUGGGCUACACAGAGAAAACCACCUAUGUCUACAUGAAGAGGAACUAUGAAACCAUGAGUGCUCUAGGUCUCAGAGCCACUCUUCCAACAUUCAUGUGUUCUGGAAAACCAACUACCGAAUUCAACGGGAAUAAUUCCGUUCAUGAUGAAAACCUGGAGUGUGAGAAUGUACAUUUUCUGAUGAAGUCCUAUAAGAAGCAGAGAAAAUGCCGGAAGGUGCUGCCCAAGAAGCCCGUGAAUGGAAAAAAGGAUGAAAAGCUAGGGCCAGUGGCACUUGGCUCUGAGAAGACUCAGAAGUGUCGAUGCCCUGCAAAAAAAGUAAAUGCAUUUGGGGAGCAGAAUAAGAAGGCAACAGGACUCCAGAAGGAGAAGAAAACAAUCUGGUCUUGCAGAUUACGGGAAAGGAAGACCAUGGUGACUUAUGAAGAGAUCAGUGACCCAGAGGAAGAGGACUAAUUCUGAUGUGACCAGUGGCCGUGAGAUGAAACAGAACUUAACAGCCUUUGGACACCUGGGCAUCGCUAGCCAAUAGAUGUAACGCAAGAGCAAAGUUUCACAGCACUGCAAAGUUCAGUUCAUCUUUUUCUUACCACUCGCACAGCACUUCAAUAGACUAGAGUUUCGUUGACGACUGAGGCCAGGCUACUAUGCCUUCCCUUCCACCUCUGCUCCCCUGGCACUUAGCUGAGAUUAAAACGAGAAUCAGCAGGUGUUCUCUGCACAGACCAGCACUGAAUGCCCUGCCCUACCCUGUGCCAGAUGUGAUCACUGAGGGCAGUUCUGGGUGGCUACUGUCUAGAUGUUCCUCUCAGCACUUAUCCACACAGCUGUGCAACUGCCUCCUAUCUGCUUUCCCCUCUCUCACUGCCUUCAUCACCAAAAUGUCCUGGGCAAGUCUCCCUCAUUCUGCUUCACCAGGUGCCCCAUGCUGUGAGCACCCAUAGUUUCAUUGCCCAGUACCUGUUGCUGAAUAAUAAUAAAUGGUAACAAGUUCUCA